CUUCUUUGAAGAACUUGUGCCACACGGAGAAAAUGUGGAUAGCCAGAUUGGAAUGUGUCCUCUGCUGUAUACUCUUUGCAGCACCAGUUGUGGAACCUUCUGUCUGGUUUGGUCCAAAGAACGAAUUUCUGUGUCAUUGUGAAAAGAACCAUUGCAACAUACAUGGGGAGUGCGUGCAUGGAUCAAAGUGCUCACGGGGAUGGUUUGGUCGGACGUGCCAAUACUUUGACAUACUUGGUAGUUUUAACAACCAACACACUUUGACUGACGGGGAUGAUAAAACAUGCCUAGGCCCUAAUUCGGGAAAUGUUAACUUAACGCUCGGAGCAACGUAUCCAUUUUCCAGUAUUCGUUUGGUAUAUCAAGACGGUAUGACAUUGAGUAAAGCACCGGACCUGGUUUUAGGAUGUGCCACGAAAACAUACGCUCUCAACAACCAUAUUUGGGAUUACUUCUGUGAAGACUACGUAACAGUUAACCAUGUCGAACUGAAAGGGAAGACACCACACAAUUUGUGUUCUGUUUAUUUCAGUGGUGGCCGUAAUAUGGCAUUAAAACAACACGCUAUCCAGUCAAGCUUGUACCGAAAAUGUUUUGCCCAUAACGCCGUAAACGGCGAGAAAGACAAUUGCCAGCUCGACUACACCCAUACUUCUACGAUUGAUAGCGAUCCAUAUUUUGAAGUUCAUUUUAAAUAUCCUUCAACUAUACAUCUAGUCAAAAUUUACAACAGAAAGAGUGAACCAAAUACCCGAACUGAUAUUGGGCUACGACUAAAGGACUUUGCUUUAAAAAUUUUUGAUUCACAACAAACACUGACACAUCAGCAUCAGCAGUCAGCCGAAGUACAAGCAAUCUACAACAUUGAAGUUAGAAACUUAGAACAUAUUGAAAAAAUUAGGAUCGAUAGUCUUAAAACUCAGUUAGACUUUGAUAAAGUACCCAUGAUUAGUAUUUGUGAAAUAGAGGUGUAUGGAGACUGUGAUCAUGGAUUUUGGGAUCUGGAUUGUAAGAAAUGUGAAUCGUGCAGUGGAUCGUGUCAUAAAGAGACAGGUCAAUGCGAAAAUGAGUGUAGUGCUGGUUAUUGGGGUUUGGAUUGUCAGAACAAAUGUGACGAGGACUGUGCUAACCCUUGCCAUCGGGAGACGGGUCGGUGUGAAAAGGAAUCGAUAGGAAACCAUACAUGGUUUGGUUCAAGAAAACAGUACCAGUGUAACUGCGAGGAUGAUCACUGCCAUGAAGAUGGACAUUGUAGGCCUGGAGUAAAAUGUUAUAAUGGCUGGUUCGGCAAAUACUGCCAGUACGUAAAUAGACAAAAUGAACAGAACAAACAGGAAGCUGUGGGCUAUACAGCAGAAAAUGCAGGCCUUGUGGUUGAACACAGCUUUUUGGACUAUAUUGUGAUUACAGGAAACUCUCAGAUAAUACAUGCACUGUAG